CGUCGUCGAAUGUUGCCACAUCAUCAAGUAGUAUAACGUUACAUUUUGAAUGUUCGUUUCAAAUAACUUUUUCUUGGAAUUGAAUCACAUAUUUUUUCAAUAAAAGUAUCUAUUUUGAUUGUUCGAAGGCAGAGAAGCAUCUCUCAAGUUGAAUAUUUGUACGGAUAUUAAUACCGGAACUUGUUGGCCACGUGAUCAGUCACUUCCCCUUUCGCCUCCGAUCAUCAACACAGUGAAGAUGAGUACCACACCACAACCGGCUGUUCAACGUGGAAUUGUAAAACAGAUUCUUUCUGGUGAUGCAAUUGUCAUCAGAGGACAGCCUAGAGGAGGCCCACCUCCUGAGAGGACCAUCUGCCUCUCAAAUGUUACAGCACCAAGACUAGCAAGGAGAGCCAACCCAAACUUAGAGGGCUCUACAGAAACUAAAGAUGAGGCCUUUGCAUGGGAGGCUAGAGAAUUUUUGAGAAAGAAGUUAAUUGGUAAAGAAGUAGCUUUCACAGUGGAGUAUAAAGUCCCAGGCUCUGGCAGAGAGUAUGGAUGUGUUUAUCUUGGAAAAGACACUUCUGCAGAAAAUGUCACAGAAAUUCUUGUGGCAGAGGGAUUAGUUGAGGUGCGGAGAGGAGGCAUUAAAGCUACAGAUGAAAACCAGCAGAAGUUGAUCCAGCUUGAAGAUACAGCCAAGGGGGCCGGUAAGGGUAAAUGGGGCCAGUAUCAACCAGGAGAGCACAUCAGGAAUAUAACAUGGACCAUUGAAAACCCUAGGAACUUUGUUGAUUCUCACCAUGGAAAACCCGUCAGUGCUGUCAUAGAACAUGUGAGAGAUGGGUGCACAGUGCGAGCAUUCCUUCUUCCAAACUUUGACUAUGUGACUGUCAUGUUGUCUGGAAUUAAGUGCCCUAUGUUCAAAUUGGAAGGGACCACACCAAAACCUGAACCAUAUGCUGAAGAGGCCAAAUUUUUCACCGAAUCUCGACUUCUGCAGAGAGAAGUAGAGAUCAUCCUGGAAGGAGUGUCUAAUAAUAACCUUCUUGGAUCUGUCCUUCAUCCAAAAGGUAAUAUUGCGGAGCUUCUCUUGCGUGAAGGUUUUGCUCGCUGUGUAGACUGGAGCAUGGGAAGUGUGUCUCAGGGUGCAGACAAACUCAGAACAGCAGAGAAAUUUGCAAAGGAGAAAAGACUUCGCAUUUGGAAAGAUUUUACACCAAGUACCCCAACUGUUGAAUUGAAGGACAAGAACUUCUCUGGAAAGGUGGUUGAAGUGGUCAAUGGUGACUCUUUGAUGGUGAAAAUAGGAGAAAACCAGUACAAGAAAUGUUUCCUUUCAAGUGUUAGACCACCCAGACCUGCACCAAUUACCGAUGCUGAUGAGCCCAAAAAAGAUGAGCCCAAAAAACGAUCCAGACCUCUCUAUGACAUCCCAUAUAUGUUUGAAGCAAGAGAGUUUUUGAGAAAGAAAUUGGUUGGAAAGAAGGUAAAUGUCCAGAUUGAUUACAUUCAACCUCCUGCCAACAACUUCCCUGAGAAGACAUGCUGUACUAUCACCAUUGGUGGAAUUAAUGUUGCUGAGGCGCUGAUCAGCAAAGGUUUAGCCUCAGUUAUCAGGUACAGACAGGAUGAUGACCAGAGGUCUGCCCAUUAUGAUGAACUGCUGGCUGCAGAAGCCAGGGCAGAAAAGAAAGGAGUGGGUAUCCACAGCAAGAAAGAGCCACCAAUUCACAGAGUUGCAGAUAUAUCAGGAGAUGUGAAUAAGGCCAAGCAGUUCCUGCCAUUCUUGCAAAGAGCAGGAAAGUCUGAGGCCAUUGUGGAGUUUGUUGCAAGUGGUUCCAGGCUCAGGUUGUUUAUUCCUAGGGAGACUUGCCUCAUUACAUUCUUGCUUGCAGGUAUUGAUUGUCCCCGUGGCAGUCGCCCAGGUCCCAAUAACACCACAGUUCCAGGAGACCCAUGUGGUGAGGAGGCCAUGGUGUUUACUAAGGAAGCUUGUCUGCAAAGAGAGGUUGAGGUAGAGGUAGAAUCCAUUGACAAGGGAGGGAACUUCAUUGGCUGGAUGUUUGUGGAUGGUGUCAAUCACUCCAUAUCACUUGUAGAGGAAGGCCUAUCAAAGAUGCACUUCACUGCAGAGAGGAGUAACUUCUACAAAGCCUUGUCAACAGCUGAGGAAAGGGCAAAGGAGUUGAAGAAAAAUGUCUGGGCUAAUUUUGUGGAAGAGAAGCCUGUAGAAGAAAUUGAUGAAGGUCCUCAGGAGAGAGCUGUCAAUCAUAAAACAGUUGUGGUCACAGAGGUCAGAGAAGAUAUGCAUUUCUAUGCACAGGAUGUGGAAAAUGGACCCAAGCUAGAAAAACUGAUGGAACAGUUGAGACAAGACAUGGAGACCAACCCGCCACUCCCCGGCUCCUACACUCCCAAGAAGGGAGACCUGUGUGCAGCUAAGUUUGUAGAUGGAGAAUGGUACAGAGCUAAAGUGGAGAAAGUUGACAAGAACAAUGUACAUGUAUUUUACAUGGAUUAUGGCAAUAGAGAAGCACUUUCCCCUACAAGAUUAGCUGUCCUGACCCCUACCUUCCAUGGCCUCCCACCUCAAGCCAAGGAAUAUGCCUUGGCCCUGGUAGCUGUGCCUGAAGAUGAAGAUGCCAAGAAGGAUGCCUCUGAUGCAUUGUAUAAUGACAUCUUGAACAAGCAGAUGCUCCUCAAUGUAGAAUAUCGUGGUCAGGGUUUCGACUACGUUUCCCUGGCUUACACUGACAACAAGGAUGACGUGGCCCUGGGGUUGAUCUCAGAGGGUCUUCUUAUUGUGGAGGGAAGAAGGGAGAAGAGAUUGCAAAAAUUGCUGGAUGACUACAAAAAAGCCCAGGAGAAGGCUAAGGCUUCAAGGGUUAAUCUGUGGCGUUAUGGAGAUUUCACAGAGGAUGAUGCAAAGGAGUUUGGAUACAAAUCUUAAGUCAUUCUACCACAGCUCCCUGUUGCUCUAAAACAAGUUUCAAGCUAGUGACAAUUUAUAAAUAAAUUAAAAAAACCCCAAGUUUAUGUACUUGAUUUUAUGGUGUUCAGUCUUUCUUAGGAUGUACACAUAUUUAUCUUUGUCAUUUGACAUUCCUAUUAGUUGAGUUGACAAACGCUGGUAACCAUAUAACUCGAGUUCAAAAUUCUGGGGUUCAUUGAGGAGCAAACACAAGUUGAAGCUAGGUCAUUUUUCAAAUUGUUCCUAAAAUCUUGUCAUUACCAUUUUCUCAAUAUGUUGAUAUGAGAUUAGAUACUUGUACACUUUAGUACAAGACAUUUUUUUUCCAUCAUUCUGUGUGGAAACGGUGGUCAUUGCAAGAAAAACUACUGCAGAAAGUGAUAAUGUGAAGGUUUUAAUUUAAUGCAGCAUGAAACUAAGAUAAAGGCAGUUAUUUUUUAAUGAAACAGUAUAUAAUAUUAAGCCUAUACCUUCUAUUAAAGGAAACCAAUAUUGGACAUGGUAUUAGACAGCAUUGAAUUAUUGGUCAAUGCUUCAGUUAGCUGGUUAUUUUGAAGGAGACAUUGGAUCCCAGUUGCCAACUGAUGAAGAUGUGCAUUUAUAGAUGUAAUGGAAGAUAUAAUAUGGGAGCUGCAGCCAAUGUUCAAGAAGUAAAAAGUUGUCUAAGAUCAUGUACAUGGAAUAGUGCAGCACUUUAUCAAACCUUCUAGCUAGUAAACUUGCAAGAUUGUUAGAGACAAUGUGGUUCAUAUUUAUCAAGUGCAAUACAUUCAUUCGGUUCAAAAUUUCACUCCAUAUGAUGGAUUGUUUGACUGGACUAUUACCUACUUAAACAGUUUUUCACAUUUCCAGUUCAGUCUAAGUUCUUAUUUUUGCAUGGAGCUAUAUUAAGAAAUGCCAUAAGCACAAAUGAAAUGGUAUUGUUUAUGAACAGAACUUUGCUAAUUAAAGGUUAUGCCAAUUUACUAUCAUAGGUAUUAGUUGGAUCGACUAUAAUAUGGGUGCUUGGUGUGAAAAAUGGUACUAAUGCUGUAGAAACACACAGAAAGUUUUAAUGUGAGAAGAACUUCUGAUGUAGUGCUGAGACUGUUCCAGUAUAAAUGUAGGCAAUAAAUACUGCAAACCAG